UGUAACUUCCGGUGCGGGGGCGCGCUGCAGGGUGGACGCCGGCGGCCCGCCGGGCCGCGGAGCACGAUGCCGUAUGCCAACCAGCCCACCGUGCGGAUCACGGAGCUCACCGACGAGAAUGUCAAGUUCAUCAUCGAGAACACGGACCUGGCGGUGGCUAAUUCCAUUCGGAGGGUCUUCAUCGCCGAGGUGCCCAUAAUAGCCAUUGACUGGGUCCAGAUUGACGCCAAUUCCUCAGUCCUUCACGACGAGUUCAUCGCUCACAGGCUCGGAUUAAUCCCCCUCACUAGCGACGACAUUGUGGACAAGCUGCAGUACUCCCGGGACUGCACGUGCGAGGAGUUCUGCCCCGAGUGCUCGGUGGAGUUCACUCUCGACGUGCGGUGCAACGAAGACCAGACUCGUCACGUCACGUCUCGAGACCUCAUCUCCAACAGCCCCCGGGUCAUUCCAGUGACGUCCCGGAACCGAGAUAACGACCCUAAUGACUACGUGGACCAGGACGACAUCCUCAUCGUCAAGCUGCGGAAGGGCCAGGAGCUGAGACUCCGCGCCUAUGCCAAGAAGGGCUUUGGCAAGGAGCAUGCCAAGUGGAACCCGACCGCAGGGGUGGCUUUUGAGUACGACCCCGACAAUGCCCUGAGGCACACGGUGUACCCCAAGCCAGAGGAGUGGCCCAAGAGCGAGUACUCAGAGCUGGAUGAAGAUGAGUCCCAGGCUCCGUACGACCCCAAUGGCAAGCCGGAGAGGUUUUACUACAACGUGGAGUCCUGUGGCUCUCUGCGCCCUGAAACCAUCGUCCUCUCAGCCCUCUCUGGGUUAAAGAAGAAGCUGAGUGAUUUACAGACUCAGUUGAGCCACGAGAUCCAGAGUGACGUCCUCACCAUAAAUUAGCCGCAGCUCAUCCGCCUGAGCGGAAAAGGAUCCGAGCAGCAGCUGUGUGCAGGUCUCCUGAGACCCUCCUAGCUCCAGAAGUCCCGACAGCUGUACUUAACUUCUUAGCAAGCCAUCAGCACCAACUGGAGAGGUAGCAGAGGGGAAGGGUGCCCCCAUCCUUGCUUGGUCCCAGGUAGAUUUCGGGGGUGCCCCUGGUAUUUGAGGCAGGACAGUCCUUCACUGAGCAUGCAGCAUCCCUGGCCCUGCCUGCUGAUGGCUAGUCUCCCCGGAACCCAGACCUCCCUUCCCCCUGGUCUGCUUGUAGAGGUCCUACUGCUUCCCUGUUGAAAACCGCUGAGCUAGACCCUCCUCUUUAGGUCAUUUCAGCUCUUGACUGACUGUGUGUGUGGAAGUUAGCACUUCACAGUUGUACCUUAGGUUUCCGUGUUAGGAUUGAGCGUUAGAAGUCUCACUCAGGCCGCCUACAAACCCAGCCCCUGCCCAUGGUCAGCCUACACUUUGCUCAAAUUCCCAAAUGUCUUUAGAGCCUGGCUGCUGCUCCUCCCCCCGACCCCCCCCC